AUGAGUGCUCCAUCUCCAGGAGAGCGUUCCAGUGAAGUAGAUGAGACUCGUGUGUUCAUCAGUUCUGGUAAAAAUGUCCAUCUGUCCUGUAAUAAUGGUCUUCAUGACUGCAGAUCAACUACAUGGAUCUAUGACAGAUUCAGUCAUACAUCAGCAGUUGAACUGAUUAAUUUAGGGAUAAAGAAGAAAGACACAGAGAGUCAUGAGAGACUGAGUCUGGGGUCUGACUGCUCUCUGAACAUCAGGAACGUCUCAAAAGAAGAUUAUGGACUUUACAUCUGCCAACAAUGGAAAUUGAAUGGACAAAAACUGACAGUUGCUCAUGUUUAUCUGCAUGUUCUUCAUGUCUCUUCAUCAUCAUCACAGACUGCAGGCCGCUCUGUGACUCUCUCCUGUCAGUUGUAUUCUCUUGCUGGAGUCUCUUGUGAUGAUUGGAUCCGUUCUGAGAGAAUUGAGCUGUUCUGGGUGAAUCAGGCUGGUGUUAAAAAGAUAUCAGACUCCAGAUAUCAGGAAUCAACUCCAGAUCACUGUAUCAUCACUGUGAAUACAACACUCCUGAACGAAGAUGACAACAGAGAGUGGAGAUGUAAAGUUACUCAGAGAGAUCAAGUCAAGACCUCAGUCACAUAUACUGUCAAGAGUUCAGGUGAGAAAACAAUCUCAUAAUCAGUUACUGAACAGUCUCCGUUAGACGUGCUAAUAAUGAUAGA